CACCAGCCCGCUCGGCGCACACCGCUGUGCGCGUCGUCGACCCGCCAGCUCUAUCCAUGCUCAGCCAGUCGCGCCCGGACAAGGUAGGCCGCAAGACGACCUCUCGAACGAGCCAGGCGGGCAGGAGCGGGCGCAACGUCUCGCGGGCUUGCCAGAACUGCCGACGCAGGAAGAGCAAGUGCGACGGCCAGCAGCCGACAUGCUCGACGUGCGAGCUGUACCACGACGACUGCACCUUCACUGCCGAGCAAGACGGGCGACGGCCGGCCGCCAAGUCGUACGUGUCGGCGCUCGAGGAGCGGGUCAAGGUCCUCGAGCGCAUGCUCAAGCAGGGCACGGCGCUCGGCGAGGAAGACGCGGGCGAGAGCCCCGAGGGCGAGGGCGGCGCAGGGCAGGAGGCUGCAGAGCUGGGCUUGGACCGUCUCAAGCUCGACGAGGAGACGCUCGAGCUCCUGCAGUACGGCCCGACCUCGGCUUUCCAGCACCUCCCCGACCCGCAAGAAGGUCGCGACCUGUCGCUCUCGCCCGCCGCAUCGCUCCCCGCACUUUCGCCGCACGCCGGUUUCGAUACGGCGGCGGCCGGUCCGCUCGACUGGCGGCGGCACCUGCCGCAGGACGACGACCUCAACGACUGGGACGACCGCCUCCACGACUCGCUCCUCGACCUCUUCUUCUGCUUUUUCAACCCUUGGUGCUGGUGGUGCGACGAGGACGCGUUCCGGCGCGACAUGGCGAUCUGCCUCGGCACCUCCCUCCCCUCCCCGCCGAUUCGGCUCUCCGGCUACUCGCCCCUCCUGCACAACGCCAUCCUCGCCCUCGCCUGCGCCCUCAGCGACGACUCGCGCGCCAAGAUGUCGGGCGCGGCCAACAGCCUCGCGCGGCAGGCCAAGGCGCUCGUCGAGGAGGAGGGCGAGCGGCCGACGCUGUCUACGCUUCAGGGCCUGCUUCUCGUCGGCUCGUACCACUCGGGCAACCGUCUGCAGGGCCUUGGAUACCUGUACUCGGGCGCCGGCUUCCGCAUGAGCCAAACUCUCGGCCUCGGCAUCGACUGCUCGGGCCUCGUGCGUCGUGGUGUCCUCACCGAGGCGAUCAAGACGAGUCGAGACCGGGCCAUGUGGAGCGCGUUCACGCAGGACAAGCUCUGGAGCAGCUACGUCGGCCGCAACCCGACCCUCAAGCGCGCCGAGCUCGAGAUCGCCCUUCCCGUCAUCGACUCGGCGCGCGACCGCGAGCCAUGGGCACCUGUCGGCGUGUCGGACGACGCUCGCCGCAAGACGACGCCUAGCUUCAUGUCGUCGACCUUCCACUGGCUAUGUCGACUCGCCGUCAUCCAGGAGAAGAUCCUUUCGACCGUCUACGCCCUGCGUGUCGCCCUCUACUCGUCGUCGGUCCAGAACCGGGUAUCUGAGAUCAACCUCGAGCUAGAGGCGUGGGCCUCGGACCUGCCUCUCGACCUCAAGAUUGCGCCUCAAACGUCCCGACCUCCUCCGCCACACAUCAUCAUGCUCAACGCCAUGCAGCACUUUGUCCUCAUCCUCCUGCACCGCCCCUUCUAUACUCGCCACAACUCGAGCACCAAUCUGCCGAUCAACGACAUGGCGAUCCGCCGGUGCAACGCGUCGGCAACCCGCAUCGUCGCCCUGUUCGAGCUGUAUCAGCGCAGCCCUGGGCUCCGCUACGUGCCCAUCUCGGCGACGCAGAUCGCUUUUUCCGCCGCGACGACGCACCUCCUCGCCCUCGUCAACGCCGAGAGUGGCAACCAGCAGAAGCGGGCGAGCGAGCUGCGCGAGACGACCACGGCUUGCGUCCGCAUCCUGCGCGAGAUGGGCAAGGCGUACGAGUGCGCGCACGCGACGGCCGACAUCUUCGAGGGCCUCGUCGUCAAGUGGGCGGGCCCGCCGCCGUCGACGACCGGCCGCGACGAGGGCGCCAGGACGGCUUCUUCUUCGUCGCCGACGCAUUCGAACCCGCAGCCUCAACAGCUCUCGGCCGCCCAGGCGCUCGAUCCGCACUCGGACCUCGCCAAGGAGCUCCUUCGCCUCGGCUGGACGCCCCCUAGCGCGACAGCUCCUCUCGACAAUACCUCUCUUCCUCUCUCGACGCCGCCUGUCAUCGUCCCCACACCGCCACGUCCCCUCGGAACCUCUCCCGCUCCGCCGCCCUCUCAGCUCUCCACCGACUUCCUCGCCCACUUCUCCUCGACCCCAUCGUUCUCGUCGCUGCCGCCCUAUGCGACUUUCCCGACCCUCGCCGCAUCGCAAGCACCCACUGCCGGCCUCCCGACCUGGCCCUUCCUCAUGUCCCCCUCGGCCGGCGGCGCCCCCUUCUCUGCGCCUGGGCAGCAACAUUACCCGCUCGCCGACGACGUCCUCGCCGGCCUCUUGAGCUCGGAAGGUCGUGCAGCGAGCGACGUGACGGGCGACGCGUUCUUUUCGGCGCCGGGCUCGAGCUCGUCCGCGGGCACGAGCCUCUUUGGGGGAGCAGCGCCGGGCGGCGCCGUCUUCUCGCAGCCUGGGUGGUUCGGGUUCGGCUCGAGCGGGGUGUAG